AUGGCCGUAGUCCAACAGCUAGAUAACAAAGACGGAACCGUGCGACGGGCCGCCCAGCAGGUCCUGCAGAAGCAGUCGAGCUUAUCUGACGAGAUCCUCGCGGCCGCGGUCCAACGGCUAGGCGACAAAGACACGGGCGUGCGAUGGGCUGCCCAGGAGGUCCUACAGAAACACUCGAGCUUAUCUGAUGAGACCCUCGCGGCCGCGGCCCAACUGCUAGGCGACAAAGACGCGGGCGUACGAAGGGCCGCCCGGGAGGCUUUACAGCAGUUGAGCUUGUCUAGCGAGAUCCUCGCGGCCGCGGUCCAACGGCUAGGCGACAAAGACACGGGCGUGCGAUGGGCUGCCCAGGAGGUCCUACAGGGGCUGUCAAGUUUGUCUAACGAGAUCCUCACGGCCACGGUCCAAUGGCUAGACGACAACGACGCAGGCGUGCGAUGGGCCGCCCUAGGGGUCCUACAGGGACAGUCGAGCUUAUCUAACGAGAUCCUCGCGGCCGCGGUCCAACGGCUAGGCGAUGAAGACGCGGGCGUACGACGGGCCGCGCUAGGGGUCCUACAGAAACAGUCAAUCUUGUCGGACGAGAUCCUCGCAGCCGCGGUCCAACGGCUAGGCGACAAAGACGCAGGCGUGCAAUGGGCCGCGAUAGGGGUCCUACAGAAGCAGUCAAGCUUGUCUUACGAGAUCCUCACGGCCACGGUCCAAUGGCUAGGCGACAAAGACGCGGGCGUACGACGGGCUGCACUAGGGGUCCUACAGAAGCAGUCGAGUUUGUCUGACGAGAUCCUCGUAGCCGCGGUCCAAGGGCUAGGCGAUAAGGACGCAGGCGUACGACGGGCCGCGCUAGGGACCCUACAGGGGCAGUUAAGCUUGUCUGACGAGAUCCUCGCAGCCGCGGUCCAACGGCUAGGCGAUAAAGACGCGGGCGUACGACGGGCCGCGCUAGGGGUCCUACAGAAGCAGUCAAGCUUGUCUGACGAGAUCCUCGCGGCCGCGGUCCAACAGCUAGGCGACAAAGACGCGGGCGUACGACGGGUCGCCCUAAAGCGGCUAGGCGAUAAAGACGCGGGCGUGCGAUUGGCUGCCCAGGAGGUCCUGCAGAAGCAGUCAAGCUUGCCUGACGAGAUCCUCGCGGCCGCGGUCCAACGGCUAGGCGACAAAGACGCAGGCGCACGACGGGCCGCCCUGGGGGCCCUACAGAAGCAGUCAAUAUUGUCUAACGAGAUCCUCGCAGCCGUGGUCCAACGGCUAGGCGACAAAGACGCGGGCGUACGAUUGGCUGCCCAGGAGGUCCUACGGGGACAGUUGAGCUUGCCUGACGAAAUCCUCGCAGCCGCGGUCGAACGGCUAGACAACAUAGACGCAGGCCCGUGGUCCAACGGCUAG